AUGGGGUCUCUACUACGUGAUUGGCAAGGGUUCCAGCAAUUCCCUACCACUACACAAUCCAAACUGGUUGAAUUGUUUGGCAAAUUAAAGGAAGAGGGUGUUAAUAAAAUGACCAUACUUGUUAUGGGAAAAGGUGGAGUUGGGAAAUCUUCCACAGUUAAUUCUCUUCUCGGAGAGCGAGUGGUUAAUGUUAGCUCCUUCCAGUCAGAGGGUUUCAGACCAGUUAUGGUUUCACGUGACCGGGCUGGAUUCACGUUAAACAUCAUUGACACUCCGGGCCUUGUGGAAGGUGGUUAUGUCAGUUACCAAGCUCUGGAGUUGAUUAAACGGUUUCUUUUGAAUAAGACUAUAAAUGUUUUGCUCUAUGUUGACCGCUUGGAUGCAUAUAGAGUGGAUGACUUGGAUAAGCAGAUUAUUAGUGCCAUAUCUGAUAGUUUUGGAAAAGAAAUAUGGAACAAAAGUUUGCUUGUCCUCACUCAUGCUCAGCUCUGCCCACCAGAUGGUAUCAGUUAUGAUGUCUUUUGUGCUCGAAGAUCAGAGGCUGUCUUGAAGACCAUUCGCAUGGGAGCGCGGAUUAGGAAAAGAGACUUUGAGGAUUCUGCUAUUCCAGUUGCUUUGGUCGAGAACAGUGGGAGAUGCAACAAAAAUGAUCAUGAUGAAAAGAUUCUUCCGAAUGGGGAUGCUUGGAUUCCGAGCCUGGUAAAAGAGAUCAUUGGGGUUGCAACAAAUGGGAAGAAAGCUCUUCUAGUGGACGAGAAGUUGGUUACUGGGUCAGAGUCUAAUGACAGGGGAAAGAUAUUUAUUCCUCUUAUCUUGGGGAUUCAGUGGCUUCUUGUGAAAUGGAUUCAGCGAGAAAUAAAAAAAGAUAUUUUGAAAGGGGGCAAGUAUUCUUGA